AUCUUCUCGCGACAAAGCCGGCUGUCUGCGGCGUUUCCCAGUGACAGAGCCGGGGCGCUGAGGCUAUGGGCAGCCAGGAGGUGCUGGGCCAGGCGGCCCGGCUGGCCUCCUCCGGUCUCCUCAUGCAGGUGUUAUUUCGAUUGAUCACCUUUGUCUUGAAUGCAUUUAUCCUUCGUUUCCUGUCCAAGGAAAUUGUUGGUGUAGUGAAUGUAAGGCUAACACUACUUUACUCGACCACCAUCUUCCUGGCUAGAGAGGCCUUCCGUAGAGCAUGUUUAAGUGGGGGCGCCCAGCAAGACUGGAGCCAGACCCUCAACCUUGUGUGGCUCACAGUCCCUCUUGGUGUAUUUUGGUCUUUGUUCUUGGGCUGGGUCUGGUUGCAGUUGCUCGAAGUGCCCGAUCCUGAUGUUAUCCCCCACUACAGAACUGGAGUGGUGCUGUUUGGUCUCUCGGCAGUGGUGGAGCUUCUAGGAGAGCCCUUCUGGGUCUUGGCACAAGCACAUAUGUUCAUCAAGCUUAAGGUGAUCACUGAGAGCCUGUCGGUAAUCCUUAAGAGUGUCUUGACAGCUUUUCUUGUCUUGUGGGUGCCUCACUGGGGACUGUACAUUUUUUCUUUGGCCCAGCUUUUCUAUACCACAAUUCUGGUUCUCUGCUAUGUCAUUUAUUUCACAAAGUUACUGAGUUCCCCAGAAUCAACCAAGCAACAAACUCUUCCUGUCUCCAGAAUAACAGAUCUGUUACCCAGUAUUACAAGAAGUAGAAAUUUUGUAAACUGGAAAGAGGCUAAAUUGACUUGGAGUUUUUUCAAACAGUCUUUCUUGAAACAGAUUUUGACAGAAGGUGAACGAUACAUGAUGACAUUUUUGAAUAUAUUAAAUUUUGGCGAUCAGGGUGUGUAUGAUAUAGUGAAUAAUCUCGGCUCCCUUGUGGCCAGAUUAAUUUUCCAGCCAAUAGAGGAGAGUUUUUAUAUAUUUUUUGCUAAGGUGCUGGAGAGGGAAAAGCAUGCCACACUUCAGAAACAGAAAGAGGGAGAAGGCCAGAUCAGAAGGUUUCUUCAGCUCGUGAUUCAUCGGACUUCUUACCUCUCACCCUGGCCCCAGGAGGACUUUGCUGUGGCUGCCAUGGUCUUGGAGUCCCUGCUCAAGCUGGCCCUGCUGGCUGGCCUGACCAUCACCGUUUUUGGCUUUGCCUAUUCUCAGCUGGCUCUGGAUAUCUACGGAGGGGCCAUGCUUAGCUCAGGAUCAGGUCCUGUUUUGCUGCGUUCCUACUGUCUCUACGUUCUCCUGCUUGCCAUCAAUGGAGUGACUGAGUGCUUCACGUUUGCUGCCAUGAGCAAAGAGGAGGUCGACAGGUACAAUGUCACGAUGCUGGCCCUGUCAUCCUCAUUCCUGGUGUUGUCCUGUAUCCUGACCCAUUGGUGUGGCAGCGUGGGCUUCAUCCUGGCCAACUGCUUUAACAUGGGCAUUCGGAUCACACAGAGCCUUUUCUUCAUCCACCGCUACUACCGAGAGAGCCCCUAUAGGCCCCUGGCCGGCCUGUACCUGUCACCGGUCCUCCUUGGGGUGUUUGCCCUCAGUGGUGGGAUUACUGGUGUUUCGGAGGUCCUCCUCUGCUGUGAGCAAGGCUGGCCAGCCCGGCUGGCCCACGUUGCCGUGGGGGCCUUCUGUUUGGGAAUGACUCUCGGAAUAGCAUGCCUCACGGAGACCAAGCUGGUGCAUUUUCUCAGGACUCAGUUAGGAAUGUCCAGACUCACUGACAAAACGACAUGACUUCUCAGGUGUUUGACGCCUGUGGCACCAGGACCAGCCGUGGGCGAUUCUGUGGGCGGAACACAUGUUCUGCGUAAAAGCGCUCUGGGGGCUCUGAGGUGGAAUGAGGGCGACCCAGGAGGUGAGAUGUCAGAGAGAACUGCUGAUGAAACACUUGCCAUCCAUUUGACGUCCCAAGCGUGAAGGAUGAGACUCAUUUUGAAGUGAAGACCAAAAAGCCCUUUAAAAAUAGAUAAGACUUCUUUCAUCAUUUUUAAUCAGCAUUGUCUUUUUUUAUUAAAAAUGUAUUAAUUCC